AGGUGUUUGGUCAAAAAGACAGCUGAUCACGUGGGUGAGAAUCAAAACAAAACAGAGCUGUGGUUCAAAGUGAUUUUUUGUUGUGUUUUAUGCAAAAAAUUAGUGCAAAUUGUGCAAAAAUUACUUCGGGAACCACGUAAGCAUCACACGCAAUGGAUAGUUGUGAAGAUCAAUCAGGAAAUCAAUCAAAAACAGACACCUGUCGAUUGGGCAUGUGUGAGGUGUGCCAGGUGACCGAUGCUAAAUACACCUGCCCCCGAUGUGAGGUUAAGACAUGCUCCCUUCCGUGCCUCAAUAUCCACAAGAAGGAGCUCGAAUGCAGCGGAUUGCGCGACAAGACACGCUAUAUUCCCAUAAAAAAAAUGACCACAAUGGACUACAUGAGUGACUAUAACUUCCUCGAGGAAUGUACACGCUUUGUGCACAAGAGAAAGCGCUCAAAUGGAAAACAUUUACACGGAGACUUGCCGCAACACUUGCACAGACUUCGCAUGAUUGUUCGCCAGAGGAAGAUUCAGUUGCAAUUUCUUGGGCGGAAUUUCACAAAGCGUAAAAUGAACGGUACUUACUACGAUGGCAGGGCACGGAGGAUCUUUUGGACUGUCGAAUGGAUGUUUUUGCACGCGGAGAAGAGCAUUGUUGAGAAGAAAUGCCGGGAGAAUGAAACAUUGGGGAAGCUUCUGGGGAAGUAUGUUGAUGUGCAGCAUUCCGGGGCUCAACAUGAGGAACUUGAGCACUACAGAAGUCGUGGAUUUGGUGGCUUGAAAGUUCUCCUAAAGUCUGAGAGGAUUAAGAAUUGUGGGAAGAGAUUCUACGAGAUGGAUCUCCGGAAGAGUCUUGAGGAGAAUCUUUGUGGGAAGAAUAUUGUGGAAUUUCCAACAUUCUUGGUGAUUUUUAAAGAACUCCAUGGAGAAUUUGAUAUGAUCGACAGCGAUGAGGAAGAUAGCAGAGAGCUAGAAAGGUGUAGUAACAAGUCCCUUGAAAAUGAGAAGACCUCAGAGGAGCCUCCACAAAAGGAUGCAGAUCACGUGGGAAGGACAAACUUUCUCUUCACCGAUGAAAGUAUCUGGGAAAAUCUCUCAUCAGACGAAGAGGCCACAAAUGCAGAGAAAGUUACAUGAAUACACGCAGAUUGAAAUGUU